UCUCUUUACGUUACGCUCUUAAUUACUUACUACCUUUCAGUUAGCCUUUUUUAAGCUCGUACGUUAUCAUAGAUAUUUAAAGAGAUGCCACAAGUAUAGGCUAGGGUACGAUCUAGAGAAUGGGUAAGAACAAUACCAAAACCCUUAUGCAAUUUGCAGCGUUUGCAAUGGUUUUAACCGUUGCAACAAUGGUGAAAGAAGCUACAAGCAUGUCCAUUUGUAACAUGGACACAAACGAUAUGCAGAAUUGUCGUCCAGCCAUCACUGGAAACAAUCCGCCGCCUCCUGUCGACGAGUUCGUAGUGGUUCGAGUCGCUAAUCUAGAAUGCCUAUGCAGAUUCAAGUUUUAUCUCCCGAUUUUAGGAAUUGACCCAUCCAAAGUCGCCGCUCUUGUAGCCAAAUGUGGCGUUACAACAGUCCCUCGUGGUUGCCAAGUUUGAAGAACUUAGCCAAGACAGGUCUCGAUGGUGCUGUAGACGUCGAUCGCUGGAUCUUGUCUUGCAUCUGACUUCAAAUAUACAAUGGUUUCUCUUUCUUUUUUUGGUCAAGUGAAUUUACAAUGUUCUUCUUUUUAGUGUUCUGUUCCAAAUAAAUCACAAACUAAUAGUGAUUUUAGAUUCACCUUGUGUAUGUAGAAGAACCGUGUUUUAUACGUUAAUGAAAACGGUAAAGUAUUAUCAUAGUA